UUCCUCACCACACUUUCUUCACACACUCACUUACCUACACCCUCUUAACUACAGUCAUUCUCUAAUUAAUAUCCACGACUUUCCUCUUUCGUCCAUUUCAAACUCACACGCGUCCCGUCGAUCGCGGCCCAGAGAUUGUUCUCCCUGAUUGGCCCACCAUCAUUUCCCUCCGUUUUUUCGUCCCUGAAGACACUUGGCUCCUGUUACUUCCCUUCCUUUAUUACCGUCUCACAUAGAAUAUCUCCCGAAUCACUCCCACGGCGCAACUCCAAAAACUUAUAAAUCAAUGCCCUCCCCGGCUUGAUCCAUGCCUUCCACCCCCGCCACGGCUUCCGCCCGCUCGGGGACCUUCCGCAACAGAACGAGAACGUCCAGCAAAAGCAAUUCGAUCCAAAACUACAUGCCUGUCCACGAAAUGAUUCCUGAGGAGGAAGGGGAUGCGUCCUCGAGUCGGGUUCCUGCGCAGCCGCCGCCGCCGUAUCGCGAUGAUGACGAUGAGGUGGACGACACGGCGAGUUUACUAGCGGAGUCGGAGUCGGAUGACGGCUAUAAUGACGAUGGGAUAAAGCUGCGGAAGCGUAAUGUGUCAGGGUCCAAGUCGAAAGCAAAAGCGAAAGCGAAAGCGCCCGCACCGUCCCACGCCGCUGCGUAUGUCCCCGUCGUGCGCAAUUCCGGCGAUAUCGAGAGUUAUCUGGAUAGUAUCACCGAGGCGGAGCAGGAGUUGUUAUCGUCGUCGCGAUAUGACUACGAGGAUGGCGAUGGGUAUGAUUAUGAGAUGGGCAUUGCGGACUCGGAUUCUGAUGGCGAUGGGUACGGGACGGAUAUGAAGCGGAAGAAGGCGAUGCGGAAGAUGAGUAUGGUUGAUGGGGGCCGGCCGAGGGGUUGGAAGGCGUUUUGGUACUCGAAGACUUGGUGUCGGGCGCUGGUCGUCGUUAUUGUUUGUCUCGUGUUGUUGAUUGUGGGGUUUGUGACCUUUGCGAGGUAUAGGAAGGUUCCGCCGCCGUAUUAUCCUAUUAUCCCUGCCGAUCAUUGGUAUCCUACGCCUCGAGGUGGAACGGUCAAGUCUUGGGAGGAUAGCUAUAACAAGGCGCAGGAUUUGGUGGGGAAUAUGACUUUGAUUGAAAAGGUCAAUAUUACCACCGGUACUGGGUGGCAGAUGGGGCUUUGCGUUGGCAAUACUGGCACCGCCGAAGAAGUCGGAUUCCCCUCCCUCUGCUUGCAAGACGGUCCUAUGGGCCUACGAUACGCAGACCACAUUAGCGCUUUCCCUCCCGGCCUUACCACCGGCGCCACCUGGAAUCGAACCCUUAUCCGCAACCGAGGAAUCGCAUUGGGUCUGGAAGCUCGUCGCAAGGGUGUCAACGUGUUAAUAGGACCGUCCAUGGGCCCGAUGGGCAUGAUGCCCGCUGGUGGUCGCAACUGGGAGGGUUUCGGGUCAGACCCCGUGCUGCAGGGUGUGGCUGCUGCGGAGACCAUUCGUGGAAUCCAAAGCAACGGAGUCAUGGCUACGGCUAAACACUACGUGAUGAACGAGCAGGAACACUUCCGUCAACCGUUCGAAUGGGGUAUCUCGACGGCGCUGUCUUCGAAUAUCGACGAUCGCGCCCUGCACGAGGUUUUUGUCUGGCCGUUCGCUGAGAGUAUCCGUGCAGAUGUCGCCAGCGUCAUGUGUGCAUAUCAGAUGGUGAACAACAGCCACGCCUGUGAGAACAGCAAGUUGCUCAACGGCGUUCUCAAGGAUGAAUUAGGUUUCCAGGGUUUCGUGCAAUCAGACUGGCUCGCCCAGCGAUCUGGCGUCAACAGCGCCAUCAGCGGCUUGGACAUGAGCAUGCCCGGCGAUGGUCUGCAUUGGGCAAACGGCAAGGCCCUCUGGGGUAGCGAGCUCACCCGUGCGGUACUCAACACCUCCAUUCCCGUUGAACGGUUGAAUGACAUGGUGACCCGUAUCGUCGCCGCUUGGUAUCAUUUCGAACAGGAUCAAUGGGAACGCCCACCGCCGGACGGUGAGGGUGGCCCGAACUUCUCCUCUUGGACUGAUGAUGAGGUUAGCUAUUUGCACUGGGGAAGUAAUGAUGAUGCUUAUCGGGUUGUGAACCGCUAUAUCGACGCUGGUGAAGGCCAUGGCCAGGUGGCGCGUGAGGUCGCUGCCGAAGGAACCGUGUUGGUGAAGAAUGAGGAGGAUACGCUGCCACUGUCGCGCACGCCGGAUGGUCCGUACCGGGUUGGAAUCUUCGGUGAUGAUGCCGGACCGGCUGAGGGACCCAAUAUUUGUCCCGAUCGCGGCUGUAACCAGGGAACGCUGGGAUCUGGCUGGGGUAGUGGCACGGUCGAGUUCCCGUACCUGGUUACUCCGCUGGAGGCGUUGGAGGCUGCAUGGCAGGACUCGGAGAAUGUCGAGACGACUGCGUACCUGCGCAAUGGAGUUAUGCCGGAGGAUGCGGCGGAUAAGGAUUUGUGUCUGGUGUUUGCCAACGCGGACAGUGGUGAGGGAUACAUCUCGGCCGGUGGUAUCCACGGCGAUAGGAAUGAUCUCUACUUGCAGAAGGGCGGGGACUCGUUGAUCAAGACAGUUGCGUCGCAUUGUGGUGAGGGUGCAGGUCGGACUGUUGUCGUGAUUCACUCUGUUGGACCGGUGGUUGUUGAGCCGUGGAUUGAUUUGCCUGGUGUGCAUGCGGUGCUGUUCGCCAAUUUGCCUGGUGAAGAGAGCGGAAACGCACUGGCUGAUGUGCUCUUUGGCGACGUUGAUGCCAGUGGUCGCUUGCCGUACACGGUAGGCAAGAGUCUCGAGGACUAUGGCGCGGGAGCGCAGGUUCUGUACGAGCCUAACGCGCCAGUGCCGCAAGUCAACUUUACAGACGGACUGUACAUCGACUACCGGUACUUCGACAAGCACAACAUCACCCCACGCUACGAAUUUGGAUUCGGCCUGUCGUACUCGACGUUUACGAUUUCUAAUGCGCAUAUCAACUCCCUCCAAUGGAAGUCCCGCUUCCCAGCCGCACGCCCAGAAAAUGAAAUCGACCCGCCUGAAUACGACCCCGAACUACCAGACAGCGCAUCCGCCCUCUUCCCCGCAGACUUCUCUAAAGUCUGGAAAUACAUCUACCCCUACCUCGACACCCUCGACGGCACCGAACCAGCCAACUACACCUACCCCAAGGGCUACAACCUCUCCGACCCUUCUCCUCCCUCUGCUGCCGGCGGUGGCCUAGGCGGAAAUCCCUCGCUGUACGACGAAAUGGUCAAAAUCCAAGUCCAAGUCGCCAACACCGGCCGCCGCAGGGGUCAGGAAGUCGUUCAGGUUUACGUCUCUUUUCCAUCGGGCGUCGUCGAAGAAGUCCCGCAACCCGCUCCGACCACGACCUUGCCCACGCCAACAGAAACACCAACAGAUUCUAGCACACCCACUCCGCCUCCACCAAUACUCAAGGAAGUCGAAUUCCCAGACCGCGUGCUCCGCAACUUCACGAAGGUCGAACUCGACCCUGGUCAGCGCGAGACGGUGGAGAUGACGCUUAGUCGUAAGGAUUUGAGUUACUGGAGUGGUAGGUGGCAGAAUUGGAUCAUGCCUGAGGAGGGGAAGUUUGGGAUUUGGGUGGGGAGGAGUUCGAGGGAUUUGGAGUUGAUGGGGGAGUAUUAGUUUAGGUACUGUAUACUGUGUAUGUGUACUGUGUGUAGGUGUGGGACUGGAUGGGAUUGUAUAUAGAUUAUGGGAUAUGUAUUAAUAACAUAGAUAUGGAUUGUUUUAUUACGC